AUGAGAGCUUUUUCAUUUGCUCAACCAAGAUUUGACUCCACGGCAACGCCCAUGAUGAAGUACUGCUUGCUUGUGCGUGCCAUUGCCAUUCUUUGUGCCAUGCAAGCCGUCGAUGAACGCAACAACAAAGAGGUCCGACGUCGCGCGGAGCUGGCCCUUCAGAGGAUGCAAGGUCCAAGUUUGUUUCGUUGUGCUCUCACUUGCGACUACACCUCGGAGUGUCUGCGGUUUCUCCGUGUUUUCGACAAAGAGGAUCCCGAUGCAGCAAAAAUUCCAGAGAUUCUAGACAGUUUCUGUGCGCGACUGAAGCUUCUGUUCGUGGACGGCUACAUCCUUGCGGAUACAUGCUCUGCAGGUCCAUCAGGUCCCCAAGGCCCCAGCUCCAGCACAUCUCCGCAGAUCUUCUACGGCAACAAAGUUCACUACCUCUGCACACAUGCUGGAGUGGCGGAAGUGCGGCGGGUCAUGGAACAAAUGAGCGACGUGACCAAGGCAAUGCUCAAGCGUGUGAAGGUGGAUCUGAGUGGUGAUGAGGUCGGGUUCGCCUUGCAAACGUUCAGUGUCCAGCGGUGGGGUGAUGCCCAGCGUCGGUCGGAGUUGCGAACGCAUGCCGCAACAUUGUGCAAGCUUCUGAAACUGCAGUCAAGGACAGUUGUGCCUGUGGUGGCUUCAAUUGGUGUAAAGUUGCACUCUGUUGUAUGUGCGGCCAAGGCGCAAGGACUGUGUGUCAGCAACAGGCAGGCAUGGUCGUGGGCGUUGCUGCCAGUGUGGCGUGCUCAGCAGGUGCCGAAGGUUCAGUGGUUGGAAGACUGUGAAGUGCUCAUAAGCUUUUACCUCUCCUUGAAAAUCAAUACUACCACGCUGGAGCGCAAUCUCGGUGAGUUGUUGCACCAGCUGAACAUGCACUCCGGGCCUUUGGCUGAAACUGGCGCAAGCGUGGCAUCAAUCAUGGAAGUGUCAGCCGAGGGUCCUCAGAAAGAAGAGGAGUUCUUUCUACCUCCAGCACGACCAGGAGGGCUGCUUGAGCCAAGUGACUUUGCAGUCAAAUGUGCGCAGCUGUGGCUGGAGCAUUUUGGACGCCGCUUCCGGCAAUCCUAUCGUGCGAAGAAUCCAGAGGCACCCAGGUCCCAAGGUUCCCAGGACACCAAGCAUCGCCCCGGUACCUUGGCAUCCAUUGCUGCUGGGCAGGGCGCAGCCACGGCAGCCAUUGUUUCUGCUGCCACACGUGCGGGGAGCAGGAGGUGGGCACCUUCAAGCUUCAUUCCCUCCAUGACAUUGCCCAUGGCUUCUCGGCCGGACACAACCCAUCUACAUGGCACUCGUUGGGGCCCAGUCGGCUGCAGGGAAGCUCUGGACGAGGAGGAUGACCUCGCGAAUUUCGAAAAGCGCACGGCUGAUGUCAUUGUUCUGCACCGGCUGUCAGACGUUGACACCGUUUGUCAUGAUCAGCUGGUGCUGGGCCCAGCCUUGGCUCUUGUCCACUGCUAUGGUCUCGGAAAGAUUCUCACAGACAAGCAGGAUAUGGUCGCAUUCAUGGACAAGCCUGCAGCCGCACAGGAGCAUCCGAUGUUGUGCUUUGCCGCCUCUGCCCGCAGUAAAUUGCUGGGUAUUCAGCUUCACCGUGAGUUGCCGCAGCUCCUUGCUUGCAUGAGGUGCCGUUUCUUUGAGGAGGCUCUGCAGGACAGUCCUGCGACGACCUUGACUUUCCCUAACUUCUGGGUGGAGUCUGCCAAGAAGGCCAUGGCCUGGGCACGCAGGGAUCAAGUCAUUCAGGUCGGCGGGGCACCGUCCCAGAGCGAGAAGGCAGUGACGCAUCGUCUUCGAACUGCUGCCCAGCAGCUCAAGACUGCCAUUGGGUGCACCAACUAUGUCAUCCUUCAGUUGCAGACCAAAGACAACGUCGCGGAUGCGAUCUCUCGUGGAGACUUGCUUCUUGAGGAGCUGGGUGAAGAGGGCGACACUGUCUAUGUGGUUUCCUCCUGGUUCUCGCUGUUUCAAGAAAUGCCGUUCCAGAACAAGUCCAAGUGGAUGUUGACCAUUGAGAGAUGCACGCUCCUUCCCCAGAUCGAUAUUUCAUCUUGGACUUUGCUGCACCGCAAGUUCAUGGUAGAAUUCAGCUUGGGGCCACCGCUUGCCUUUACGUAUUUUGUGGCAGUCCCAGUGCCCGACAAAGAGAAUGGUGAAAGUGUCGACCUGUCCGAGCAGGACACCCGGCCUCUGCUGGCUUGCUUGGCUCGCAAUUUCGUUGCUGCAGGGUGUGAGAACCCAUUUAUCCCGGAGGUCCACCCGGGCCCGGUGUUUCCAUUGUGUUCCUCCAGCACAGCAGCGAUGGGCGUGGGUUUCUUUGCUUACGAGACUGAGCAUCUUGCACUCCUGGAGAUGAGUGUGCCGCAGCUGCUGCAGAAGAAGGCCCCAAUUGACCACCCUCUUGGAAGCUUCUGGCUCUUGCCAGCUGCCGUUGCCUGGGAGAAGGUCAGAUUUGGCGACAUGAUUGUGCGCCGGGCGGCCUGCCGUAUGACCCAAACAACCACGCAAGAUGCGCGGCAGCUUGCUUCCCUGUCCGAGAGCCAAUCCGGCUGA